CAUACCAUUUUAAAGCCCCCGGACAUUAUGCUCACUUCAAGCAUGCAAUGGCUGAUCCGUUUAAUUAUUACAACAACAAGAACGUUAACGUUCCCCCAAACCCCACCCCUUCUCUACAAAUUCCUGAUCCAUUAUCCCACCAUACUGCUACUGCUACUGCAUUUCAAGACCAGCCUUCACCUUCUGGAGGCCGUGGUUCGCCGCGGAGGCACCAUCUUUACCGGGGAAUCAGGUGGAGGAACGGGAAAUGGGUGUCUGAAAUCCGUGAGCCCAAGAAAACCUCGCGGAUAUGGCUCGGCACCUACCUCACUCCAGAAAUGGCGGCUGCAGCCUACGACGUCGCUGCUCUCGCGCUCAAAGGCCCUGAUGCCCCGCUCAACUUCCCCGACUCCGUUGUCUCCUACCCAGUUCCCAGCUCUCACGCUGCGGCGGAUAUCGCCGCUGCGGCUGCCAGAGCUGCCGCCUCUAGAGCACCAGCAGCUCCGUCAAGUACUGGCCAUGGCGGCAGUAGCAGCAGUGAACUGGCGGCCGGGGCUUCGUCAACAGUAGUGCCAAAGAAGGAGGAGGAAGAGUUCGUGGAUGAGGAGGCGCUGUUUGACAUGCCGAACCUGAUGGUGGACAUGGCUGGAGGCAUGAUGGUAAGCCCGCCGAGGAUGAAGCCCUUGUCGCCGCCACAUGGUGACGACGACUCACCAGACUACUGUGCUGCAGAUACUCUCUGGAGCUACCCUUAAUCAUAAUAUAAUAUUCCAAAUAAGCUAAUUAAGUGCCAAGGCUUAUCGAUUAGUUUCGAUUGUUUCCAGCCGCUGCAUAUCUAUAUCUAUAUAUAUAAGUGCAUGUGCUCAGUUUAUGUAGGUAUCCUUCCACUUAUAGCUUCACUACAUCGUAUAGUAUUAAAUAUGAUGUGAAGCUGUUUCAUGUUUUUGCUUCAGAUCAAUAUGGUCAUGAUGGGAAGAUCAGAUUUGAAGCAGCUUAGUCAAUUUAAUAUUAUAUUGUGUUUAAUUUUAAUUUUGUAUGUAUGAGCUGAUGAGGUUACGUUACGUUGUAGCCCAGGCCAGCAAUGCCCAGCAUCAUAUCAUAUCAUAUCAUAUAUAUGAGAUCGAGUUUGGGUUCUUCAAAGCUAUGCUAUGAAUGAGAACUUUUAGUUCCUUAAUUUUUA